AUGGCCGGCAACGCGGUCGCCGUUUCAGCCCCAGGCAAAGUCCUCCUGGCUGGAGGAUAUCUGGUGCUGGAUCGCGCGCAUACUGCUCUGGUGUUUGGACUGGAUGCUCGUAUUCAUGUGCUGAUCCAAGACAUUCCGACCAGCAAAGGCAUUGUCCUUAAUGAGAUCACGGUCGAGUCACCACAGUUCUCGGAAGCAGUCUGGGAAUAUGGCUAUCGUCUCGCUGAGAGAGAGGCAGGCAUUGAAGUCACGCCGCUGAGAGUGGACGCUGACCUCAACCUGAACCGGAACCCGUUCAUCGAGACGACGCUGAGCUACGCGCUCAGCUACAUUACAGCAGUGUCUCACACGACCAUUGCACCAGCAUCAAUCACAAUCUUAGCCGACAAUGACUACUACUCAACCCCAGCUGAUAUUGCAGAUGGGUCUGCAUCGAGGCCACGAUUCCACAAUUUCGCGGUGCCCAUAGCGGAUGCUCCAAAGACAGGGCUUGGAUCUUCGGCGGCCCUGGUCACAGCAGUAACAGCAGCGCUUCUCAUCUAUUAUCUGCCUAGGUCGAAAUUUGACCUAAAAACGAACGAGAGCAAGAGACGCCUGCACAACCUCGCUCAAGCGGCCCAUUGCGCUGCUCAAGGCAAAGUUGGCUCUGGUUUCGACAUCGCCUCUGCUGUCUACGGGACCUGUAUCUACAGGCGCUUCUCGCCACACAUCCUCAGUCACCACGCGGAGCCUGGUAUGCCCAAAUUCGCCUCUGAACUCCAGGACAUUGUAGACGAGAACCAUCACGGCGGCAAAUGGGAUACGGAAAUCCACAAAGAUGUAGUCAAGAUACCCAAAGGUCUUCGUCUGGUCAUGUGUGAUGUAUCUUGCGGCAGCAAAACUCCUGGCAUGGUGAAGCAGGUGUUAGCCUGGCGGAAAGAAACCCCCGAAGAAGCGAAUGCCAUCUGGAGUGAACUCCACGACGCCAACGAGAGUCUGGCCAAGGAGCUCAGGAAUGUCGCGGAAUCCAACGAUGGCUCUUAUACAGCUCUGCGACAACGCUUCACUCGUAUACGAGAACUGAUACGCUUAAUGUCGGACAAGAGCGGCGUGCCAAUCGAGCCUCCAGCUCAGACGGAACUGAUCGAUGCUUGCGAGAGAGUGUCUGGCGUAAUUGGAGGUGUAGUACCCGGCGCCGGAGGUUACGACGCUGUUGUGCUCCUGGUCGAAGACAAGUCAGAGACUUUCGAAGGUCUGGAGACGUUGUUCGCGGACUGGAAGUUCAAAGGCGAAGGUGAUGGUAGUGGAAAAGUGAGUAUGCUGGGUGUUCGGGAAGAAAUGGAAGGUGUCAAGCUUGGAGACACUGCGGUAUACAAGCAGUGGUUGAGCGACCUGUAG